AUGGACUGGCAAGAAGCUCUCCCAGCUCUUGGUCUCACGACAUCAAGCAAACAUGGAUGGAAUGUAGUCAGUCAACCAGACGCAUCCAAAUCUAGACGACUGAUGGCUACUCGACAAUCUGAACUAGUCAUCGCCCUGCCUGGAACUGAUAAUACUUCAAGGAUACGGACAUUGCCAUUGCGAGAACUGAAGAGAGCGUGUAUGGAUCAACAAGACUCGUCGGAUUCUCAAACAGACAAACUUCCUUCAUUCAAAGAACUGGAUACUCCUAAAAUAACAUUCACAAUCCGUCAAAUGGAAAUGAAUCCUAAAUCAAGCUUGUUGGCUGUAGCCGGUGAUCACGAUCUUGUUGUUCUCGUAUUGCCACAACCAGGAACAUUUGCAAGCUCAAAACCACCAGAGAGCCACAUUGUUGGUGAAUUGCAUCAUUCGGCUGAUCAAACAGCACGCAUCGCUCGAUUGUUAUGGCAUCCUCAUAGUCUGAAUGGAACAUGUUUGAUGGUCUUAUCGACAGAUGGCAAUUUGAGAUUAUAUGAUAUCCAAAAGGACCUCACAAACCCCAAGCAGACGAUUCCAGUAUUCAAGGCGACACUAACUACCAGACUACAAUCGAAAUCAAAUCAUUUUGGGUUAGAUGAUAAUGACGACGAUGACGAUGAGGACGAUGAAGAUACAGACGAAGAGGCUGUAUCCAUGUGUUUGGGUGAAGGACUAGGCUGGGGACGAUAUACUGCAUAUGUUGUUACAAAGACUGGAACAAUGUAUUCUAUAUGUCCUGUGAUGCCUACUAGCUGUGAAGUAGAUUUAAGCCAUCUCGCACAUUUAGAUCUUCUCUUAUCAGCCAGCACCCCAGAAUCUCAAGAACAGGAACGACAAAUACAAUGUCAAAGAAACCUACUAGAAGAACUGAGACGAUCAGCAUCGAAAUCAGCCAAUCUACCGACCGAGAAAGUAGUCGUCAUCGCUCCUCCACGAGGAUUACAGCAUUUAAAAGCCCAGUCGCGUCCUUGUCGACUUGUACCUCAAACAGCAGGAUCACGGAAUCAAGUUGCUAGUGACAUUGUAUAUAUGCCUGCAGAUCCCAUGGGCAUGCUGGUAGUGGCUUACAAUGGAGGAGGAGUAGAUCUGUUGCUAGAGAUUGAAAGACCGCAACCAUGGUGGAAGUUUGAAGUCAGAGCGGUUCCAAUCGUGCUCGCUGUACAGGAUCGACUGGAUUUGAGUCUCAAUAACACCACUUCCAAUACACCGUCAACCAUACCCUCCAUCAUCACAAAAGAUCCCAAAUAUACCGAUACAUUAUAUAUAACGCAUGAAAGUGGAAUGCACCGAAUACGAUUGUCGGCAGUCUUUGACGAGUUACGGACACUCAAGAGUCAGGCUAGAGUAGACGCGCUCAAGAGUGAAAUGGAAGUGGACUGGGUUGUUAAUACUAGAGGCUCUUCACCCAAACCAUCUCCCCCACUCGGUCUAGUCCUCUUGACAGACGUAUAUUUAUCAUAUUCUUAUAUCUUUCUUCACUCAUCUCUCCGACUACACGGACAACCACUUCCUCUACGUUUAUUUCAUCCCACAAUACCAAAACACAUGCAAGACAAACUACUAUAUCCAAAAUAUUUGCCAGCUCCCUUCCAGGUACCUGCUGUCUUGCAGCAUGACUUGCCUCGUAUACCUCAAAUGGUGCGAGCAGGUAAUAUGACUGCUGAAGAUGCGUUGAGGUUUAUAGCUGAUGUGGGUGGUAAAGUGAUUGAAGAGGUUGCUGCUGUUGAAGGAGCUUGUGAUGAGUUACGACAAAGACUGUAUCUACAAAAUAAGGAAUUCGAACUCCAGUCAACAGACUUGCAACGUCUGAAAUCCAUCAUCCAAACCUCGCUACAUCCAGGCCUAGACAGGCAUACCACGAGACUGGCUGAUUUGAUUGAUGCUCAGGAAGCAAUAACAGCACGAGCAGAUAUAGUGCUUCAGAUAUUGACGGAUCGAACGCAACCACAAUUGUCUCCCGAAGAACGAGGAUUUAUUCGAGAAGUUAGCCGUGUGAUGAGAGAAGUGAAGGACAAGUCGUCAAAGCAGAUUGGAGUGCUAAAACAACGAGUUGAAUCAAUCAUUGAACAAUCCAAGAAACAGCUCUUAGGAGCUGAAGACGAAGAAGUAACAGCACAGUCGUAUGAUGUCGAUUUGGGUACCUCACAAGCCAAACGAGUCAAAGAAGCUCUCAAAGUCGAGCUAGAAUUGCUGAAAGAUGCUCGAAAUAGAGUGAAUCGGAUUUGGGAUUUGGUUGGUACUAGUUGA